UUUUUUGUUCAUAAUUCAUAUCAUAAAUGUGUUCGUGCGGUUCGGCAAACACUUAAAUAGUCGGGCGGGUCAGCGAUGCUGCUCAGUUUGAAUUUUAACGGCAUUGUGAGCGGUUGCCUUGUUGACAAGUCUUAAGACCCAAAACUGAGGCUACAUUUUGAAGAGCAGCUAAGCAGCAGAAGCAGACGAGUAUUUUAGCCGAAAACAUGAACAGCGAUGAGGUGCAAGUGAUCAAGAAGACCUGGGAAAUACCCGUGGCGACACCAACCGAUUCGGGUGCUGCAAUAUUGACCACAUUCUUCAAUCGCUAUCCGUCCAACUUGGAGAAAUUUUCAUUCCGUGAUGUGCCCUUGGCCGAAUUAGGCACAAAUUCACGUUUCCGGGCGCAUGCCGGUCGCAUUAUUCGCGUGUUCGACGAGUCCAUUCAGGUGCUGGGCCAAGAUGGUGAUCUGGAGAAGCUGGAUGAGAUCUGGACCAAGGUGGCUACCAGCCACAUACCGCGUAAAAUAUCCAAGGAGUCGUAUAAUCAACUCAAGGAGGUUAUUCUGGAAGUUCUCACCGCCGCCUGCAGUCUGAACGAGAGUCAAGCACAAGCGUGGGCCAAACUGGUUGAUCAUGUCUACGAUAUCAUUUUUAAAGCCAUUAACGAUGACGGCGAUUCCAUCUAAUGAGAUUGAGACAGAGACGGGAAGCAGAGAAUGUAGCUCAUAAUGCAAGGCACGGCUUAUGUAGUUUUAAGUAAAUGAUUAAUGAUAAAUGUUAGCUAUUUUCAUUUUAUAUUUAUGAGUACAAGUCCAGACACACACAUACACACACAGUACACUAACACAAUCGCACAUUGCUCUGUAAAGCUUUAACCCAUUGUCAGCCUUAAGCACUUAAUAAUAAAAAAAAUAUAAAAAAAAAUAAAGAAAUCGCUUGUAGCCGUAAA